GGAGAGGAAGGCCCCCAAGAUGGCGAUGCUGGCCGAGCCCCGUAGAAGACAGAAGUGGUCCGUGGAUCCACGAAACAGUGCCUGGAGUAAAGAUGAAUCUAAAUUUGGACAGAGGAUGCUGGAAAAGAUGGGCUGGUCCAAAGGAAAGGGUCUUGGAGCUCAGGAGCAAGGAAAUACAGAGCAUAUCAAGGUUCAAGUGAAAAACAACAUGCUGGGGUUAGGAGCAUCCAUCAAGUACGAGGACAGCUGGAUUGCUCAUCAGGAUGACUUCAACCAGCUCCUAGCUGAACUGAAUGAUUGCCAUGGACAGGGUGAAACAGAAUCCUCAGUGACUAAUCAGAAGAAGACAUUUAAUCUUGAGGAAAAAUCAAAAUCCUCUAAGAAGCGUGUCCAUUAUAUGAAGUUUGCAAAAGGUAAGGAUCUCUCGUUGCGCAGUGAGGAUGACCUGUCCUGCAUAUUUGGGAAGCGACAGAAGAGUAUGAAGACACAGAUUUGGUACUGUGAAAAUGAAUCAGUACAGAGAAUGUGCACAGGACUUCCAGGAGCCUUGGGAGAGACCCCAGGAGUACAAAUUAUUCCGACGAGGCUACCGAUGCUGAGUCUCAGGAAGAGAAGCAUGGAGGCUGCUGGCUCGCUGAGUCUACAGACAACAUCAAUACUGUGAAGAGUGUUCUCACUGUCCAGGAAUAUUUUGCCAAGCGCAUGGCAAAACUGAAAGGAUCCCAGAAUGAAGCAGAAACAAAGUUAGAUGGUUGCUGCCCCACAGCAGAAGCAGCCUUGGAGCUUUCAGAAGAACUGAAAACUAAAGCCAAGAAGAAAAAGAAGAAGCAGAAAAGAGAUGAGGCAGAGAAUACAGAGCAGUGUGAGAAGCCACAAGGGAAAAAGUGUAAGAUAAGUAGCUUGAAUGGGAAGGAACUGGAUGCUCCUUUAUAUGAAUGUCACUCGAGGAAAAAGAAAAGGAAACAUAGAGAGCAGCAUGAUGGGGAAAGUAUUAGUUGUGAUGAAAAUAUGGGUGAUGGAGAAACUUGUAUGGGAGUAUCUGAUGGGGAAGAUCUCAGCGUUGAGGACUCUGAGGCAAAGCAAAAGAAACGCCAUAAGAAGAAGCACAAAAAGCAGAAAGAGGAGACAGAGGAGUGCACUGAAGGGACGCAGAGAAAGAAAAAGAAGCACUGCAAGUAGGUUUAACUGUUUGUGAGUCACACUGAGACUGUGAGGUGAUUUGAACUUCAUCAUGCUGGAUGAGGAGCCUACGUAAGCACCAGCCAGACAUCCUGUUGUAAUUCAGUCCUGAGUACACCUGAGCUCUUCAUGCAACUGAAACCACAGACUGUGUUUAAAUAUACCUCUUACAGUGGGGCUGAGAACACUGUGACAGGCCAACAUGAGCUUCAGUGCCAUUUAAAAUGUAUCCACGUAUGGGGCCAAGACUUGCACAGCUACAAAUCAUAGGAUCGUAGAAUCACAGAGUGGCCUGGGUUGGAAAGGACCUCAAAGAUCAUGAAGCUCCAACCCCCCUACCACAGACACGGCCACCAACCUCCCCAUUUAAUACCAGACCGGGCUGCCCAGGGCCUCCUGGCCUUGAGCUCCUCCAGGGACAGGGCAUCCACAGCCUCUCUGGGCAGCUAUUCCAGCACCUCACCACUCUCUUGGCUACAAAGCAAAACCUGAUAAAGAAGAAAAGUCAUUAUGCUUUUUCAAUUUGGCAAACCUAAGGUUCACCUUUGAGGUUGUGCAGGAGCUGUGUUUUUACACAAGCACUACCUGUACCUCCUUCAGCCCGGAUUCACACUGGUGUGACUCCAUUUCAGAUAACAGUAAGCAAAGUCAGGGCUGGUUUUAACCACUGCACUUAGGGCAGCGGUAAAUGGCGACCUGCUGCUUCACAUUGACUGACAUCCUACUACUGCCUUUAUUAGUAAAGCCACCAUUGUUUUCUCUUCUGACAGCUCAACUCCUGAGAACAUAAGGGGUUUUGCAAAGCUGGAUGCAUUUUUUUUCACUGAUUUUUGCAAAGUUAUGUGUAACUUUUUCAUUGAUAUCCGUUUACAUACAAAAUGAAUGUUGUUUCUUCCCAAAAUACUUGAGUCCAAUUAAAGGAUUGUGCUUAAGUGUCAGUACUAAAGAAUGAAAUUAAAAACUCCCUUUGCUCCCUA